AUGGACCUGAUGGCGCCGACGCUACCGCAGCCCUCGGGGGACGGGGCGCCCACCACCAUCCACACGCGUGAGCAGAUCAUUGUCGAGGCGUGGGGUCAAGGGUUCAACGUCGGCGCGCUGGUCUUUAUUCUCCUGACGGUGCUCUGCAACUACCGGCGGAACGUCCUGCUGCACAAGCUCAUCCUCCUCGAGCUGGUGCUGGCCCUGGGGCACGGGUUCUUCAUCUUCGCCCGAGACCCAGCCUACGGAUGGACCCUCAGCAGCACAGCCGUCGCCUUGUAUGUCUCCUACAACGUCCACAACGUGGUCGCGUGGAUCAAGAUCAAGCCCUUCCUGCCGCGCUGGGGCGGACGCUUCUUCAUCUUCACCCUCGUCGCUGUCCAGCCGUACUGGGUCCUCGAGGUCUACGCCAACUUUGCCUACUUCAACCACCUGGGCCAGGGCUGGUUCGACUGGACGCGCUACUUUGAGCCCCUCGCCCGGGACCCGUGGUGGAUCUUUACGACCGUCAAGCUGGUGCUGGUCAUCCGGCAGAACUACGAGUACUCCAUCGUCGGCUUGGUCCGGACCAGCCCCCGCUUUGGCAUCAUGCUGCUGUGCAUGCUGCUCUCCAUUGCCUUCCUCAUCACCGACGUCGUCGCCACCGCGCUCUUGUCGGCCCAGAGCGGUAUCAACCCGUACUGGCGGCUCGCCCUCGUCUUCAAGUGUGCCUCGGACGCCAUCUUCCUCGACGACUUCAAGUCCGUCCUCGACAAGAUUGCCGAGUCGGCGCUCAAGUACGUGGCCAACCUGCCCUCGACCUCCAAGGACGGCGGCUUCGGCUCGGCGCAGGUGGUCUCGGGACGACGCAGUGGUCCGGGCGGUCAUCCGGCGAGUGGUCGACGGCCCAGUGCCGCCCUGCGGCCUCGCCACUUUGUGCAAAUCUCCUCCCACAGCAACAGCGACGGCAACGGCACUGGCUACAGAGACGCGUACGGUCGAGAGCACCCGCCGUCGCGUGCAGGUGGAAGCGGCCCGAUGCGUGGGAUUGACGAGACGCCCCUGUCGCCAGACGGGCAGAUCCUGGCCGAAACGACGAUUGAGGUGUCGGGGAAUGAUGUGACGUACAGAAACCCCAGUGCGUCGGGUGAUGACCGCUCUGCCUCGCAGGAGCUGAUUCUCUCCGACGGCAGUGUCAACAACACGUCGCAAGACUACGGUUGGGGAGAACCGUCCCGGUUGUCGUCGGCAGACGAUGAUGUCGAAAGGGGCAUACCAAUGCGGCCAAUGAGGGCCAAGACGACUGAUAGAAGUCGGAAUGGGGUUAUGAGUUAA